AUGGCCGUUGGAGACCCGCCUCUUCGAUGGAAAUAUCUCUACAAGGUUUUGUCAAAAUCUGGUCCAUCGUGUGACCCAGACUGGGUUCCUGGCGAGGAGACGAUAGAAUGCUUGGAGUCGUCGAAGAUUUUGGUAAUAGGAGCUGGAGGAUUAGGCUGCGAGAUCUUGAAGAACCUUGCAUUGUCAGGCUUCAAGGACAUUCACGUCAUUGACAUGGAUACUAUUGACAUCUCCAAUCUGAACCGGCAGUUCCUAUUCCGGCAUUCUGAUAUAGGAAAGCCGAAAGCAGAGGUUGCGGCCGCGUUUGUGGAAAGGCGUGUUCAGGGAGUCAAGAUUACCCCUUAUGUAGGGAAGAUUCAGGAUAAAGACGAAGAUUAUUACUUGCAAUUUAAGAUGAUAGUUUGUGGUCUUGAUAGUAUCGAGGCUCGAAGAUGGAUCAAUUCUACCCUGAUUGGAAUGGUUGACUUCGAAAACCCGGAAAGUCUGAAGCCUUUGAUUGAUGGGGGAACCGAGGGAUUUAAGGGCCAGGCGCGUGUCAUUCUACCUACUCUUUCAUCAUGCAUCGAAUGCCAGCUUGACAUGCAUGCACCUCGCCCUGCAGUGCCGCUUUGUACAAUUGCGACUAUCCCUCGCCAACCGCAGCAUUGUAUCGAAUGGGCACAUCAGAUCGCCUGGCAAGAAAAGCGUAAAGACGACUCCUUCGACAGUGAUGACAUGGAGCAUAUUGGAUGGGUUUAUAACAAUGCUCUUGAGCGAGCAAAGCAAUUCAAUAUUUUCGGAGUCACAUUUCAAAUGACCCAAGGAGUGGUCAAAAAUAUUAUUCCAGCGAUUGCUUCGACGAAUGCUGUUAUUGCGGCCGCGACAACCUCUGAAGCACUGAAAAUCGCCACUUCUUGCAACCCUUACCUGGAAAACUACAUGAUGUAUGCUGGAGAGGAAGGAGUCUACACUUAUACUUUCGAAGCCGAGAAAAAGCCUGAUUGUCCUGUUUGUGGAAAUCUCGCGCGCAAAUUGACUGUGGACCCAAAUAUGACGCUGGAAGCUUUCAUCGAGACUCUCGGGGAGCGACCUGAAGCUCAGCUGAAGAAACCAAGUAUGAGAACAGAGGAGAAGACACUGUAUCAACGUUUCCCCCCGCAAUUGGAGGAGCAAACUCGACCCAACUUGAAGUCAAAGCUUCGCGAUCUGGUGGCGGAUGGACAGGAGAUUGCAGUCAGCGACCCAGCUUAUACCAUCGAUUUCCGCUUCCAGUUGAUCUUCAGUUAGGGGUAACGCUCUACCACGAAUGCACGAUGAUUAUGACCAAAUUUUGACAGAAAUUUAAACAUGCUUUUUCUAUCUCUGAAAAUCC